CCCAGGACCAUCCCACCAGAGCAGCAGGCCGAGGCAGAUGAGCUGGCUGCCGCUCUCUCUGAGCUGCAGGCCACCACCGUGCAUGAAUACCAGGAAGUGAACAUCAAAAACGAAAACAUUGCAGAGUGGAAAACCAAAAUAGCAGAGAAGACGCAGAAGCUGUCCCAAGUGAAGGUGGAUGUCAGUAACCUGAAAGAGGACAUCACCAAACUCAAGUCUCAGAUCGUGGAGUCUCCAGAGGAACUGAAGAGCCAGAAGGAGAAGAUGAAGGAAGCUGCGAAGAAAAUCAAGAACUCCAUAGCAGAAACAGACGAGUAUGUGGUGGAGAUGCAGAACAGGGUGCAGAGCGUGGCCCACGCUGAGGCCGAACUCCAGCAGAUGAACAGCCUGCUGCAGGACCUGGAGAGCAGCAUGAACAACACCAGGCUGCGUCAGGAAGAGUACCAGGAGCUGUUGAUUCAAAGCGAGAAGAUGCAAAAGGAGCUGAAAAGUCUGUGCAGCGAGGAGGUCCAGCUGAAGCGGGCUCUGGGCAUGAAGCUGGAUAAGGAGUGCAAACAGAACAUCCGCAGGCAGAAGAAGAGAGAGACGAAGGAACAGCAUGUCCAGGAAGUGCUGGGGCAGUGCAACCAAAUCUACCAGAAACGCGAGGAGAUGGCGGAUGAGAUCCAAACGAUCAUCGGAGAGACCCGUCAGCUGAAGGCCAAGAUCAAGAGCCUGAGAGACGUCUGCAGCAAAGAGACGGAGAAGGCCCAGGUACGUUGAUGA